CCUCCCGCAGAUUUAUUUGAGUAGGUCAGGCAGAAGGAGAGGAGUUUUAAUCUCGUAUAUUCUUCCUUAAAUUUUGCAUCUGAUAUCCAUUCAUUCAUUGGAAUCCCAGAGGUUACUAACUGGAGAAUAUCUCCGGGAAUGUGUGUCUGUGUGUUUUUUUUUAAUUAAUUGAAGCAAACACUCGUGGUCUUUUUUUAAAAAAUACAUAUAUAGUUUUUUUAAAAAAAAAUAGAAUUAUCUUACCUCUGCCACAAGUCUGCCCGGAAGAAGUUUCUAUCGCCCUCCGUCUCUCCCUGCGGUUCGAUCGGGAUCCUGUGCCGCCUUUCAGCGCUCCCAGCCCGGAUCAGACGCCUUGUCUCUGUUUCUCAGUCAAUCGCACUCCUCAGUUUGAAAGAUGAAGUUGCCUCUGGCAAUUGGUUUAGUCCUGAUAAUGGAAGUUCUCUUGAUGGAUGGGAUUCAAGCAGCCAAAAGAAGACAAAUCAAGAUAAGGGACAGAAAGGAAGGUAAAAAGUGCACAACAGGUCCCAUGGAUCUGUUGUUUAUUAUUGACAGCUCCAGGAGUGUCCGCCCGUUUGAGUUCGAGCUGAUGAGGAACUUUGUGAUCGACAUGAUCAAUUUCUUGAAUGUGGGACCUGCUGCUGGCAGGGUUGCUUUAAUCCAGUAUUCCAGCCAGAUCCAGAAUGUCUUCUCCUUCAAAACCUUCCAGAAAAAAGCUGACAUGAUCAAGAGUGUCAAAGAGGUGAUCCCACUGGCUCAGGGGACAAUGACUGGCUUAGCCAUCCAGUACGCCAUGAACGUUGCGUUCACGGAGGAACAGGGUGCCCGACCCCUGGCACAGAAAAUCCCAAGAGUUGCUAUCAUUAUAACAGAUGGGAUGCCCCAGGACCGGGUGACAGAGGUAGCAGCGGAAGCUCGGGAGUCUGGUAUUGAGAUCUAUGCCGUCGGGGUGCAAAGAGCAGAGAUCUCCUCCCUCAGAGCCAUGGCCUCCUUGCCACAUGAGGAACAUGUCUUCCUGGUUGAGAACUUUGACUUGAUUGAUCAGUUCGCUAAGACCUUCAAGGACAAGUUGUGUUCUCAGGAUCUGUGUGCUAGUGAAAGUCAUGGUUGUGAGCACAUCUGUGUCACCACUCCUGAGUCCUUCCACUGUGCUUGCCGUGAGGGCUAUGUGCUGAACCCAGACAAGAAGACAUGCACAGCUAUUGACCUCUGUUCCCAUGGAGACCAUGACUGUGAGCAGAUAUGCAUCAGCUCUCCAGGUUCAUACAAGUGCAGUUGCCAUGAGGGCUUCAGACUGAACCCAGACAAGAAGACUUGUAGUGCUGUCAACCUCUGUGCCCUGGGAGAUCAUGGCUGUGAACAUAUCUGUGUAAGCACACCUGGGUCCUAUCGCUGCCGCUGUCGAUCUGGCUACACUCUCAAUCAGGACAAGAAGACUUGCUCAGCCGUCGACCUCUGUGCCCUGGGAGAUCAUGGCUGUGAGCACAUCUGCGUGAGCACCCCUGGGUCAUAUAAGUGCCGAUGCCAACCGGGGUACACCCUCAAUCAGGACAAGAAGACCUGUAGCAUGGUGAACUAUUGUUCGUUUGGGAACCACAGCUGCCAACAUGAAUGUGUCAGCAUUCUGAAUGGAUAUUAUUGCACGUGCCGGGAAGGAUUUGAACUGCACGAUGAUGGGAAAACGUGUAAAGUUGUCGAUAUGUGCAAUACUGUGGAACAUGGCUGUGAGUUCAAGUGUGUCAGCACUCCUGGGUCAUAUUUCUGCAUCUGCCCCCCGGGAAGGCAACUGAACGAGGAUGGGAAGACCUGUAAUAGAUGCAGCAAGGCAAACAUUGACCUUGCCUUUGUCAUCGAUGGGUCCAAGAGUGUACGACCUGAGAACUUUGAACUGGUGAAGAAGUUUGUGAACAACAUUGUGGAUGCCUUGGAUAUCUCCAGCCAGGGCACCCGCGUUGCCUUGGUGCAGUAUUCCAGCCGCGUGCGCACUGAGAUUCCACUGGGCACACACACGACCGCUGCGGCUUUGAAGAAAGCAGUGAACAAUGUGGUGUACAUGGAGAAGGGCACCAUGACUGGACUCGCUCUCAAACACAUGGUGGAGAACGUCUUCACUGAAGCAGGAGGUGCCAGACCUGGAUCUCAGAGCCAGCCCCGGGUAGGCGUCGUGUUCACCGAUGGCCGUUCUCAAGACAGCAUCUCUGAGUGGGCCAAAAAGGCCAAAGACGCUGGGAUCACUAUGUACGCUGUUGGUGUCGGUAAGGCAGUGGAAGACGAACUGCGAGAAAUUGCAUCUGAACCAGUUGAUCAACAUUUCUUCUAUGCUUCAGACUUCAGCAUCAUUGAUCAAAUCGCUGAGAACCUAAAAGUGAACAUUUGUGAGGAGGAAGUGACUGGACAGGAGACGAUUAAAGAUCCGUGUGCUUGUGAAACCCUUGUAGCAUUCCAACAGGACACAUUAUCGUUGUUAGAAGAAUUCUCUCAAAAACUGGCCCAGAUGACAGGAAAGUUGGAUGAUUUGGAAAACAGGUUGCCAAAGGCAGUGAAAUAAAAUGUGAACAUAAAACUCACCAUCAUCAUUGCACCAUCCGAGGUGUUCCUGCGUCACUAAAGUUAAUUUAGCUUUUUGUGUUAUUGUCUCAUUUUCUGGGUGUUUUUUUUAUAAAAGAAGAUAUUCAUUUAGGACGCGAUUUUCCACUGCUUUGAGCGAUUUAACAGCAAAAGACCAUUUUUAUAAGAUCAUUUUACAAGAUGUAUAUCUUUCCACUUUUUAUAUUAAACUUGCGCAUGCAGUAAGAACUCCCAAUAUUUUGUUUAAAAAUAUAGGUGUCUAAAACUGCACGUUAUUUAAAAGGAAUUAUUAAAGUUCAGCGGGUCAGUGCAGGCAACAGUGAACCUUUGACGGAGGGUAAUGGAAAUAUACAGUAGGUUUUGUCAACAAACUUGUAUUCAGGGCGCUGGAGAGUGAAAGGAAGGACUGGUGGAAAACAAAACUGAAAAUGCAUGGGAGACCUGAUCAGCUUCUCACUGGAAACAACUGGUGAGAGGCUAAUCAAACUGAGAGUCAGUGAAAGAGCAGAUAAUCCUGCCCCACAACAGUGCCUUGGACCUAGACAAUUCUCAUCCAUCAGCCCCAUCCCAACCUCGCAAACUCCUAAAUUAAGCUAAACGUGAAACAGAGUGAAAACCCACAGUGACUAAAGAGGAAGAAAUGCUGCUAAAAUUCCUCUCCAACCUGCUUUAGAGAAUGACAGCUAUAGACCCAGUGUUACAUGAUUUGAUCUCUGCCCCCAGCUCCCUCUUGAAGUUUCACUCAGCAUCAACAAUGUGCAUUUCUAUAGCACCUUUAAUGUGAUUAAAAACUCAGUGUGAAUAAGAAUAACAAAAUAGGAGUAUGAGAAAUUAUUCAGUUACUCAAGCCUGUCCUGCCUCAAAACAAGAUUGUAUCUAAUCUGUAUGUAAUCCACUUUGCCACUCUAUUCUCAAUUAAUUACCUUAUUAUCCAAACAUCUACUGAUCUCAGUCUUCAAAAUGCUCAAUGACUGAGCAUCCACCGCUUUCGGGGGGUGAAGAAUAUUAAAGAUUCGCCAGUCUCUUGAGAAAGAAAAUUCUCCACAUCUCAGUCCAGAAACAUCAGCCUUCUUAAUCUGAAACUGUGACUCAAUGCUAAACUUCCCACCUCUCAGAUCCCACGCUGACAUCACCCUUAAGAAUUUUAUGUGCUUCAAUGUGAUUACCUCUCGUUCUUCUAAAUUCUUGGUAUUAUAGGCCUAGUUAGUUUUCAUAUGUAUGCUGGUAACACCCGGUUCUACCUCACUAUCACCUCUCACAACUUCUCCACUUCUGCUAAAUUGCCUUCUCAUAGGGCAAUCUCCUGACCAGGAAUCAGUCCACUGGCCUUUCAUUGCACACCCUCUAAGGCAAGUGCAGUAUAUCCUCCCUUGGAUAGAGAAACCAAAGCUGUAAACAGAUGAAGGGUUUAUAUCUGAAACACCAGCUCUUCCUGUUUUCUUUUCUCAGGAUAGCUGACAGGCUUACUGUGCAUUUUCUGUUUUUGUCAUAGUUUUCAGACACAUAGUUACCAUCAUUUUACAAGAGUGUCUGUGUUUGGUCUGUUGGACACAUAGGGGGAGUGGGGUUAUUUUAACAUUGGCAGUGUGUGAGAUAUCAAAACAUAUAUUGAAUUGCCCACCCAUUAUGUGCCACACUAAAUUCUUAUUCCCACUGACAACCUCAGAUAGAACAAUUGGAUAAUUGGCCUUUGAUCUUUUUUACACCAUUGGUCAAAAUAGUUUAUUACUCUAGUGUGUCCUGUUGAAUUGAGACAAAUUUCUGAGGGCUCUUGUAAUGCAGUGGGAGUGUCCCUGCUUCUGAGGUACAUCAUUACCAACUUUGAGCAGGUUGAUUAAAACUAUCUACUCCAUCAGCCAAUGUUAAAAUUGCCCCUCUCAAAUGCAAUAUAAGAUGUACAGCAGGUUCCUGUGUCAGGAAUAAACGAAAAACACAGAAAUCUAUGAUAGGACUUAACUAUAACUUUUCAUGGUUAAUAAAGACAAUCUAUUUCAUUAAAUAAAAAAAUGUGCAAUAAA